CGAUCUGGCAUCACUAUAACGGAGAGGUGCUGCCACUCAAGUAAACAAUAAUUAUUUACAUUUAGCUUAAAGUAAUCAUUGUACUGAGUAAUGGCAGAUUUAGUGCGCGGAGAAGCUUCUGAAUCGGAUGAGGAGCUGCACGACAAGCACAAGAUUUUUGCAGCUGAAGUUUCGGGUGAAGCCUCCGAGGAUGAUGGCGAUGAAGACAUUUACGAACAACAAAAAAGUAACAGCCAGGUGAACAGCACGGCCUCAAUUUAUAGAAAUAAUCUGCUCCAACGCAAACUAAUUGAAAACAACAUUGCCAUUUGGAGAUCUCUCACCGCUUUCACUCGCAGCUUUGUCCUAAGUGCCUCCAAACAACUGGUGACCACUGACCAGAUGCUCAUCAAAUCACAGCUCAAUCUUCAGUCGGCACACACAUCUCUCCAGCUGGCCCAGCGGAAUGCCCAGGAACUGCAAUCCAGGGUGUCUGCCGUCAUGACCAGCAGCUUCCUGCCACACAUAAACACCCAGAAAGCUAGCUGACUUAAGACCUAUGCUGUAUUUGCUGAUAAACGAUCAAAUCUAGGCUAA